ACCGCCUCCUCUCUCCUCCCACAGAGUUCUGCAAGGAGCCCCUCGGUAUGCAGUCAGGCAGGAUCAACGACACACAGAUCUCUGCUUCCUCCUCCUACGACAUCUCCAGGACGGGGCCUCCCUCUGCCAGACUAAACAAGGAGGUGCAGGGGGGCGCCUGGUGUCCUCGCGCGAUGGUGGGCGGCAAACGCUCGAAGCAGUUUCUCGAGAUCGACCUGAAGAAGACUCACGUGAUCUCGGCCACGGAGAGUCAGGGUCGCUUCGGGAACGGCGAGGGGAAGGAGUACGCGGAGAGCUACACGCUGGAAUACUGGCGGCCCGGCAUCAACUCCUGGUACACCUACAAGCGAUGGGAUGGGGACAAGAUCCUGGAGGGCAACGUGAACACCUACACAGCGGUAAGGACGGAGCUAGUGCCGCCCAUCCUCGCCUCCAAGAUCCGCUUUGUGCCCUACUCACCUCUGCCUCGCACCGUCUGUAUGAGAGUGGAAGUCAUCGGGUGUCCCUACAAAGAUGGCCUCGUCUCCUACACCAUGCCGCAGGGGAUCAGCCGGGGCGUCGAGGUGGAUCUUCUUGACCUCAGCUACGACGGCACGACCACCGAGGGGCUGCUCAUAGGUGGCCUCGGUCAGCUGCACGACGGCAUUGUUGGCGACCACAACUUUCGCUCCGACAUCGGCCACGGAAAAGGUUAUGAGUGGGUGGGCUGGAAGAACGAGUCACAUCAGCCCCUGGAGAUGGUGUGUGAGUUCGAUGCGGUGAGAAACUUUACCUCGCUUGUCAUCUUCGCCAACAACAUGCAUACUAAGGACGUGGAGGUGUUCUCGCGGGCCAAGGUGUUCUUCAGCGUGGGCGGGCGGUACUUCAGCUCCGUGCCGGUGAAGUACCAGUACAUGCCGGACGAGGUGUCGGAGUACGCCCGCAAUGUGACCAUCAACCUCCACCACCGCGUUGCUAAGUACGUGAAGAUCCAGUUGUUCUUCCAAGCCCGCUGGAUCCUUCUCUCCGAGCUGUUCUUUAUCUCUGCACCAGCUCGGGGGAACUUCUCGGUGGAAACAGGCCCUGAUGACCCUCCGCCCCACGCCGAGGCGCCGCCCCACCACGACUCCUCCUCGGGCUACAUGCUGGACGGCACGGCGCACGAGGACACCAGACGCAACAUGGUGCUGGCGGACGUGUCGGAGGAUCCACGCGGACAGGAAUACGUGGCGCUCGUGAUCGGGGUCCUUGUGGCCGUCAUCAUCCUGCUGGUGUCCGCCAUCCUGCUGAUCGUGUGGCGCUCCAGGAGGCAGAAGGAGGGCACCAUUACGCACGACAUCUACACAGGACCCUUUGGCGAGAAGCGGGACAUCGUGAACCUGAAGGAAGUGCAAAAGUUCCUGACGGCCCCUGCGGCGCUGCGCCCUUCCUCCCUCUGCUCCUCCCCGCGCCUCGGCACUCACAGGACCAAUGGCUACCGGCUCAACACCACUCUGCCAAUACACCCGUCACAGCUGGGCGUGGAGGGCGGCAGUGGAGGCGUAGGUGGAGGUGGCGGCGGAGGAGAACUGGACAAGAACGGUCUCUACUCUGAACCGUUCCACAUCACGUACAGUUCCAUGGGCGCCUAUUCCACUCUGGGCCGCAAGCUGGUGCACGCUAAUCCACUCUCCAGCCCGGAUUACACAGAAUGUCCCUCAACGGAGUACGCCAUCCCUCACCUGACAGCGGACGGGACCUCUACGGGCGUGUAUCCCCCGCCCUUGCCUCACUCCAAGCCGCCCAUGCACUCCCUCAACACUUUCCUGGGCAAGACCGCCACGCUCGGCCCCCAAUGCGCAGCAGCCUCAGGAGAGCUUCUACGCCGCCACAGAGAUCAUCCAGCGAUCCGAGUUCGAGUCUCGGGCGGGACGGGAAGUAGUGCGGGCAGCAAGCAGGGACAGCAGGGACCAGGGGGCGCCGCACCCUUGGAGGAGGUGAGGGCCAAGGAGAUCCCCCGCUUGGCCAUCACCCUCCUGCAGCAGAUCGGAGAGGGCCAGUUUGGGGAGGUGAGUGGAGUUCAUUUAGGCGAAGUUCAGGACGAGGACGGGGAGAAGCAGAUGGUGGUGGUCAAGACACUUCGACUGGAGGCUUCCCACUCCGUCAGGUGUGACUUCGAGCGUGAGGUGGAAAUCCUGGCGGGGUUGCGGGACCCCAACAUCGUGCAGGUGGUGGGCGUGUGCUCGCGGGAGGAGCCCCUGUGCAUGCUGGUGGAGUACCUGGAGCACGGGGACCUCAACCAGUACCUGCAGGCCCACAUUGCCGAGACUGCCUCCCCCAGGAACACUCACGCACAGACGCUGAGUUACGGAUGCCUUAUCUACAUGGCCACCCAGAUCGCAUCAGGCAUGAAGUACCUCGAGUCCCUCAACUUCGUGCACAGAGACCUUGCCACCAGGAAUUGUCUGGUGGGGGCGGGACACGUCAUCAAGAUCUCGGAUUUCGGCAUGAGCAGGAACCUCUAUUCCAAUGACUACUACAGGAUCGAGGGCAAGGCGCUACUGCCGAUACGCUGGAUGGCUUGGGAGUCUAUUCUGCUGGGUAAGUUCACGACGAAGAGUGACGUGUGGUCGUUCGCCGUCACUCUGUGGGAGAUCCUGACCAUGGCGCGUGAGCAACCCUACGAGGAACUAACAGACGAACAAGUCAUCGAGAAUGUCUCCUUUAUCUACCACAACGAGACCAGGAAGGUACUGCUGCCACAGCCUACCAAUUGCCCCAAAGAGAUCUACGAUCUGAUGCGGGAGUGUUGGAAACGCUCCGACGCAGACCGACCCACCUUCAGAGAAAUUCACAUGUUCCUGCAGCGCAAGAAUUUGGGGUACUCGCCUGUUACCUGAGACCUGCUGGAAAACCUCCGUGGGAGCUGCAUGCCGUCUCCCCGGAGGUCUAUCGCCAGCCUGGGGUGGGACAUGUGUUUGCAGCCACGGCGAGAGUGCGUUGCGCCGCUUAGUGGGACCCAACACGCUCUUUCUGAAGGGGACAUGAACCAGCUGGAGGAUGGACAGUUGCUGCCUCCCAUCAGGAGGGGCUACGCCACCUUCGAGCGGGACCUUCGUCAGUACAGCCGCAACCUCCUUUACCGCUCCUACGACAGCCGGCAGCUGCGGCAGUGACGGCCGGCGCCAGGCGGCUUCCACAGCAGUGACCUUGACACCGCAGGAUAUGUCUGACCUAAGUGGACUAUCGAGGUGUGACUAUUGAGAAUUAGUCUAAUUAUCUGGAGACAGUGACGGUGGAAGAAUGUGGAUGUUGUGUUUGUAAGGUUAAAAGAUUGAUAGAUUAUUUAUUAACGGUGGACAGCGGCGCGCCCAGAUAGUGGCGGCGCCGCGGCCCAAUCAGCCAGUCGGCGUCUUAUCUAGUCGAGUUACUAAGUUGUUAAGCGACGCCGUGCUGUGUACAUAGUAGGAGGAAGGGAGACUCUUGUGGUGACAGUGAAGAUACUUGCGAUUUGAUGCUUCAUUUAUACAUUAUGCUUCAGAUAUCUGUAAAUAUAUAAUAUACAUGUAUGUAUGUAUGUAUGUAUGUAUGUUUGUAUAAAAAUUUAUUACAUGUACAUA